AUGGCCGAAUCUCAACCCACAUCCUCCUCUACAAGCCCCCCACCAGCACCUUCCACCACGGCAAUAGAUUCUUCACUUUUCUCACAACGAUCACGGCGUCAAUUUGGUCUAUUCAUGGGUGGUGCAGCAUUCGUUGGUCUUUCGGCUUUCGUCACUCGCAGAGCACUCGUACGAAAAUAUAAGAUGAUGCUGCCAAAAUUCUACACACCUAGUAAUCGGGUUCAUGACGUGGAUGGGUCUAUGGAGGCAUUGGAAGCAUUGAGUGUAGCAACUAUAAAUGUGGCCAGCAUCAGCGUAAUGCUCAGUGGAGGACUGCUAUGGGCUUUCGAUAUUUCGACGGUCGAUGACCUGAGGCAAAGAUAUCGGGCAAAGAUGGGAUUGCUCGCUCAAGAAACAAACCCAGAGGACGAGAAACAAAUGGAGGAGUGGGUAAAUGCAAUGAUGGUUAAAUUGAAUAUUGAUCCCAAGGAGUAUUCUGCUGAAAAGGGCGAGAAGGGGGAAGACGCUCUCGGAGGAGCCGGGGAGCAGCUGGAUGACGAUACGGAACAGUCCAAGAAACCAUAG